GGUUGAUACGGACAUCUGCUGCUUUACAGUUGCUUCUGAUUUAGUCACCCUCCUCUUCCUCCAUGGUGCUUGUCAUUCAUAAGAUUCAGUGGAGUUUCUUGGUGCUCUAAGGAGAGGAGGGGCUCUCCUCUUCAGUCUUGCACUUCAAUGCUGUGAAAUAUUCAGUUGCAGUCUCCCCACACCAUCCAGUCUACCAAUAAACAGCCUCCGACAGUGCGAUUGGCAGCGGGAGCAGGAGUAACAGCCUGUCAGACACUAUAGUUUGGACGGAUAGGAGUGAUGCUGCCGUGUUGUUGGUGCCGCAGGCUUUAUCCCCGGAAAGGAGAGUUGUCACGCCGGUGUGGUUUUAGGUGCUGAGGAUCACAGAGGAGCAUCCAUCCAGACACGCUGUGCUCGGAUUUCACUGACUCUGAUUUCGGCCAUCCACUGAGGGAAAUGAUGGUGCUUCCAGUUGAUUCCAGCCACCUCCCCGUGCUUUGAUUUGACCAUGUUUCUCCCUCGUAUUUAAUUACCGACCAAACAGCAUUACCGCGCUGGCAGCUGCAGGCUUUGCUUGCAUGUGUCCGUCCUGCAUCCUCAUUGACAUUUCCUGUGCAACAGCAGCAGUGAGAUGUAGAUUUAUUCCUCCUGUUCCCAUGCAGAGGAGCAGGUCAGGAAUGCCUCUUCAGUGCUGACACUGUCAGCUUUCUUCGAAGCCGCCAGGAUCUCUCAGUAGACCGACAUGGAUAGUGGGAGCCGGGCAGCCACGGUGGGGGACGGUGCUGUCAAUUUCACGGCGGCUCACCUCUGGUUGGAUCUCUUGAACGCGUCCAGUCGCUGGGACAGUGGUCCGGCCGCAGAGGGUUCCGGGCUGGACGAGCAGCAGCGCCUCCUGCGAGAACAAGCAUACCGGGACUUCAGCACCAUCAUCCAGGUGUUCAUCCUCAUAGGUUCGCUGCUCGGUAAUGCCACGGUGCUGUGGUGCACCUGCUGCACGAAUGUCUUUAAAUCUGUGACCAAUCGCUUCAUCAAGAACCUGGCAUGUUCAGGCAUCUGUGCCUGCCUGGUGUGCAUUCCGUUCGACGUGGCACUUGGAGUCAGUCCUCGCUGUUGGUGGCUUCACACCCUGCUGCUCUGCAAGGCCCUCAAGUUCCUCCAUAAACUUUUUUGCUCCGUCACUGUGCUCAGCUUCAGCGCCAUCGCACUUGACAGAUACUACUCAGUGCUGUAUCCAUUAGAGAGGAAGAUCUCAGAUGCAAGAUCUCGAGAUCUGGUCAUCUAUAUCUGGGUCCAUGCAGCUGUGGCCAGCCUACCUGUGUUUGCAGUGACCAAUGUGACAGAUGUGUAUGUCACCUCCUCCUGCUCAGACGACCAUGCCCGCUCCCUGGGCCACAUGGUGUAUGUGUUGAUCUACAACGUCACCACGGUGAUCCUCCCUCUGGCUCUGGUCUUCCUCUUCAUGCUUCUGAUCCGCAGAGCGCUCAGUGCCAGCCAGAAGAAAAAGGUGAUCAUUGCAGCUUUGCGGACUCCUCAGAACAGCAUCUCCAUUCCGUAUGUGUCCCAGAGAGAAGCCGAGCUACAUGCCACUCUGCUGGCUGUGGUGCUGGCUUUCUCUGCAUGCAGCGCCCCCUAUGGGGCCUUGGUGGUUUAUCGAACCAUUUUGGCAGACACCAAAGAGCUGCCAACCUCAUUGUAUCUCACAGCUCUCUGGCUCCCUAAGGUGUCCCUGCUCACCAGCCCACUCUUGUUUCUGACUGUUAACCGCUCAGCACGCCAUAGCUGGCUGGACCUACUGGCCAGGAUUCACAGACGUUACAGCCGUCGUAAUGUGGUCAGCACUGGGGGUCUGGCAUCUCUGGGGGCUGAGGGGGUGAUUGGGGAGCCGGUGGAACUGGAAACAGCUGGUCGUUCUGGGAGCCAGCUUCUAGAGAUGUUUAACAUUGGCCAACAACAGAUCUUCAGACCUUCUGAGGAAGAAGAAGAGGAAGAAGAUGUGGAGAAUGAGAUCCCCUCUCAAGGAUCAGGAUGCUGCUCAGAGCCCAAAGAGGAGCAGAGGCUUGGGUUAAGACUAGGGAGCCUCAGAGGUGAAGCGAUCACCAAAAAGGAGCCUCUGCAGGGCAUCCAAGGGACAGGAGGAGGGCUGGUCAUCACCAAGGAAGCCCCUCCUUCAAUCAUAGCUCCCCGGGCCUCUCCAGUCCACACAUGUGCUUAUGCCUCUUCAUCGCAAGUGGCACCUGCUACACCUACAGAAGCAGAGGACUCCCCCCAGUUUGGUUUUGGACCAUUUGAGCUGCCCCCUCAAUGGCUACCUGAGACCAGGAACAGCAAGAAGAGGCUGCUGCCUCCCCUGGGUAACACACCUGAGGAGCUGAUCCAGACCAAACUGCCGAGGCCACGGCCUGAACGUCGGAUCAGCAGGAACAACAAGGUUAGCACCAUUCCCACUGUGGACCCAUGAGCUCUGCUGCUGGCCUCUGAUGUGCAGCAGCAGACACAAUUCAUUGCAGGGUUGACGUCUUCCAUCAGGCCUGGAAAAGGAAGGAGACUGAUGUCUGUGUGGUGUCUUUUGGUCAAUUUAAAUCUUUUUAUGUUUUUCUGGUUUGCAGUUGUAGCCAUCAUCAAAGUUCAGGUUUUCCACUUUACUGCAUAAAGGCCCAUUGCAUGAGGCACUGCAGUUUUCAUAUUGGACAAAUUUGAUAUCAAAUAUUUAUAAUGUUGUGAUAACUAUGUCAGUUCAAUCUAACUUCACUGGAAGCUUGACUGAUUCAGUUUCAUAAUUAGCAACCUCUGCAACUGCUACAUGAUUGAUAAUGUAGAUACCUUUUUGAAUGUAUUAUUUUUUAAUAUAGCUGGCAAAUGAAUGCCCUGUACAAAUCCAAUUAUCCUGAGGGAUGCACUGAUACUGGAUUAUAUCUGCAGUAAAUACUCAAACGGGGAUAGUGAAUGUCCUAACAAAACAUCUUGUAAAUUGGUUGUGCUGUGAUUGCACUCUGUAGAUGAACACAGCUCAGUGUCAGUCCUUUCAAUUUAGCCUUUGUGAGACUCUUUUUGUAACCAUGUUUGACAAAUCUUACUAAAAUGUUUCGGAUUAAAGCACCACUUGCUGCCCAUUGUUCCUUAAGUUUGUCUUUUGGAUUAUUUAUUCUAAUGUGAUAGCUAUUGAUGUUGUUAUUUGUACUUUAAAUUAAUUUCUUUUGAUGAAAAUGCGGAUGUACAGUAUACAAAUACAUGUUGAAAAUAUGAAAUGAUCCAAAUUUA